AUGGCAAUCAGUUCAAACUGCACAAAGCAAUCGUUUCCCGGAAAUAUUUUCAAGCUGUUCUUUGAUGAGAACUUGGUAGGAGAAAUUGUCAAUUUUACCAAUAUUUAUGCACAGCAAAAAAACCGCCCCGGUAACGUUACUGUAGACGAGAUGUACUGCUUCAUAGGGGUGUUACUGUUCAGUGGAUAUACAACUGUUCUAAGGCGACAUAUGUAUUGGCAAAAUUGCAACGAUACCCAGAAUAAACUUAUAUUAGCCGCUAUUUCCAGAGGUAGAUUUCAAAUCAUAAUGAGUAAUCUUCAUUGCAGUGAUAAUACUUCCCUUGAUAAAAAAGACAAGUACUCUAAACUGCGUCCUCUUUUCAAGAGCCUAAAUAAAAAAAAUUUUGAUUAUGCCCCAGUUGAAGAGAAUCACAGCCUUGAUGAGACUAUGAUACCGUAUUAUGGGAGACAUAGCGGUAAGCAAUUUAUUCAAGGCAAGCCUGUAAGGUGGGGGUAUAAAUUUUGGGUAGGUACCCUACGCCUUGGAUACAUUGUUUAUUUUGAUCCCUAUCAAGGUGCGUCAACAACAAUUCCGGACAAAUAUAAACACCUGGGUUUGGGAGCAUCAGUUGUUCUCCAAUAUGUAAAUGUUUUACAGAAAAUGCCUUACCAGCCCUUUCACAUAUGUUUUGACAAAUUUUUCACAUCUUUGUCACUUUUAAAGAAGUUAAAAUUGAGGAACAUCAAGGCAACUGGUACUAUACGUGAAAACCGGAUCCCACAAUCUCCAUUUAGCAAUGCGGCAGUUCUGAAGAAAAAGACACGAGGUACAUUUGAAUGGAGUGUUGCCGAUAAUGAAAUCGAUUUAUGCAAAAGGAAUGACAACAGCGUUGUUACUUUAGCCUCCAAUGCAGGUUCAGUUUUGCUAGCAAAUAAGGUCAAACGCUUUUCACAGGCUGAAAAAAAGCAUGUUUAUAGAUCAGCCUCAAUUGAUCAAGGCAUACAACGAAAAUAUGGGAGGUGUAGACCGUAG